CUAGCGUUACUAGAGAUUAAUGGAUCGUAUAUGUUCAUUCUGUAUCGUUCGAAGAUUCGUGCGUUCGUAACUUAUUUUUGAUUAUUUUAUUUUAAUAUUCAAAUUAUCUAGUUCUAAAAGUGAAAUGGAGUUUUGUUUGCUGAGAUUUAUGGUGGCGAUCAUCGUUGCAUCAUUCUCAGCCGGAGAGGACAAAAAAGACUCAAUAGUUUAUCUCGACAGAGGUUCUUUCAUGAUGGGGUCACCGCGCAGGGAACUUCUUAAAACAGGAGAGUUUCCACAAAAGCACAUUCAAGUUAAACCAUUUGCUAUCGACAGAUACCCCGUAACAAAUGCAGAUUUCAAAGUGUUCAAGUCUGAAAAGCCAAAUUAUUUGACGAACGCGGAGUUGGAUGGAUACAGCUGGGUCUUCUUCAAGCACAAAAGUCAGCAAGCCCAAGUGAACAAACACCUUGUUCAUCCGGAUGGUGGUCAUUGGGUGGCGGUUAGGAAUGCCACAUGGUACCAGCCUUAUGGACUGGGAAGCAAUUUAGAUGGAAAGGAUCUCUACCCGGUCAUUCACGUUAGCUACCACGAUGCUUACGCCUUUUGUUUGUGGGCGGGGAAGAGAGUGGUAUCUGAAUAUGAGUGGGAGUAUGCGGCCAGAGGAGGAGCAGCGGGAAACAAAUUUCCUUGGGGAAACGUUUCUGACUUUACAAGAGCAAAUUUAUGGCAGGGUAGAUUUCCAGAUUUCAACAUAGGGAGGGACGGCUUUGAAGGUGUUUCCCCAGUUGACGCUUACGAACCUCAAAACAACUUCGGUAUGUACGACAUGAUCGGCAAUGUAUGGGAAUGGACAAAUACUGCAUUUACUGUACCAAGAGUUGAAAGUGAUGCAAACAAUCCUCAACACACCGUUAGAGGUGGCUCAUUUCUAGACACUCUUGAUGGCAGAGUAAACGAAGAGACCAGAGUUUCACUCAGAAAAGGAUUGUCGCCGGACUACAAAGCUGAAAAUUUAGGAUUCAGAUGUGCAUAUUUGUGGAAGCCUGGUACGAAAUACUCGAAACCCAUUAAAUUACGACCACCGGUUAGACAUCGCUACGAAGAAACAUGGGAAUAUAAAAUGAAACAUGCAGUUAAAACUGUUAUCGGAAACAUUCACAAAACUGAAGAACUUUAGUUUUUUCUCUUUUUUUAUACGUCGUUUGUUUGUUAUUGUGAAGAAAUAUGAUUUGAAACUU